AUGAUGGCCCCACUUGAGACCGGAACUGCGCAACACUUUGCCCUGCUUGCCCUGCUUGCCCUGCUUGCCCUGCGGGCGAAGGCCAAGAACUGUGCAGCCAAGUUCCGUCCCCAACAUCUACUUUGCUAUGAUGUUUGUACCUUGCUCAAGGCAACCGCCUUGAAAACUUUGGAGUACAAGUGCCCCUUUCCACACUGGGCCGCUCCGACUGAGUGUCCAUCAUGUCACCAAUCCUUCAAGCGAGUUUGCACAAAGCUGGGGUUUGCCGUUCCUUUCCCCGCGUCUGUUCUGAUGCGCCAUUCGGCCAACCGUACCAAGACCGGCCAGUACCUGGAGGCCAACCUACAGUCCCACCAACUCGAAACGGGCACCUCCUUUCCCCUUCUUCAACAAGAACCCACCAACACCGGAAUCCUUGCCUCCGAAACAUGGCUCAAACAGGUUUGGAUCGAGCUCGACUCAUUGGGCAUCAGAGUCAAGAUCUCCUCCCCUCCCUUGUCCCUCCACUGUGCCAACGAUCCUCUCUUGAUGGACAUCUUCAUCAAUGCCUUGGUCAACCAAGAGGACUUGCUGUGGCUCAACUGGUGCCGCCAAUACCUCCAAGUCACCACCCUCUCGGAACUCACCACCGCCGACGGGUGUUCCCUGACGGCAGCUUCUCUUGCCGACCAACACUCCGGACACUUUGUGACCAGCUACAAUUGGCCACGAACCCGACGCCCUGGCCCCUCUCAUUGGGACCUAUGGCGACGCGUCCUCUCUCAAGCCGAUCCCCGCCCCUACAGCCGCCGUCGCCGAUUGAUGCAGCCCCUCGGACCGUGGUCUGAUUCGCUAGACCGAUGGACUUGGCUCCUCUCUUGCACCUCUUUGAUCCUCUUCCACCGGACGGGAAACAACCUGGCAAUCAACCUACCCAUCAACACGCGUUCCCAUAAGACCUUCCGCAGGGAUCUUCAUCAUACCUGGACGGGAACCCUUCCUGGGGACGUCCAAAGAGCAUCAGUCAACCUUCACCCACGGACAGCCUACGUCACUGUCACGGGCACAACCCCGGUAGAUCCACCAGAUCAGGAGUCCUUGCCAGCCUCGAUCCUUCUCAUCUGGAGGGAAUUAGCAGCUGACAUGGACGACGAUUGGGGAUGGGGAAAGCUAUGGGUGAUCAGCAAUGGCUCCUUCAAGCUACAAGUGGGCACAGCCGCAGUCCAGCUACAAACUAGACGUGGAGGGCACGUCAUCUGGAUCAAGUGCCGUACACCUGGUAAACGAGAGGAUCAGAGUGCGUACCGGAGUGAACCUAUCGGUCUGUUAGCUGGUACCUUGGUGGCUUCUUGGCUCCACCUACGCCUACAGUCCCUCGCCAAGCCACGAGUCUGUGUGGCGUGUGAUGGGAUUGCCGCUCUUUGCCAAGCCUUCUCGACUUGGCCGCUGUCUCCAACCGCCCCACACUUCGAUCUCUUGUCCUCCAUCCGCGAGGCCCUCCGAGUUUCCAACAUAUCCUGGGCCGAACAACACGUGGGCGGCCAUGCUGACCGAACCAAGACAUGGCGACAGAUGUCUUGGUGGGAACGACGGAACUCCAAGGUGGACGACAUAGCCCAGGGCUACGCCGACGAGCUGAUCGCCACCGACGACACGAUCGCCACCAACCCCCAAGCUCUGCUCCGAACCCUGUGCAACAAUGAGAAGGUCUCCUGCCUGGCCUUGGAAUCGGUCGACGAAGCCGUUGUCCUGCCGGAAUUGAUGGAAUACUGGGCAGCCAAAGGCCGCCUUGCUCCCAAGCACUUCCAAUCGGUGGACUGGCCGAUCAUGCACCGAGCAAUGAAGUCUCUGAAGCCCCCCAAACAGCGUUUCAUCACAAAACACCCCGUUGGCAUGUGCGGAGUCAGCAAGUUCCAUAAACGAUGGGGUCUCGACUCUGAGAACCGAUGCCCCUUGUGCGGACUGGAGGAAGACCACCUACACGCCCCCCCGCUGCCCUUCCGACCGGGCCAAGACCCAGUGGCAGCUCCUACUCCAAGAACUCUAAGAAUGCUUCCACCUCAAACAGAGACUCCGUGGUACCGCCUACACGGAAUAUAUUCUUCCGCCCUCACUCAAGUCUGUGAGGCUCAACUCCGCCUUGGCCCCCAAUGUCUCCUUGAAGGCCUUCUCGUCCACGGCUGGGCCGACCUCCAGCAACAAUUCUACCGCUUUCGCGGUAGUCGCCGAUCCGGUAACCGCUGGGCUGCCAAUCUAUCUCGACAGCUCAUCCUUAUUGGUAAAGGCAUGUGGAAGCAUUGCAAUGAUGUCUUUCAUUCUGACAACAACAUCGUCAACCAACAGCGCGCAACUGCUCUCAAUCGACGCAUCCACGAAGAAUUUGAUAUGGGUCUUUGCGACCUACCCCGGAAACAUCGUCGCCCUGCCAUCCGUCGAUCCCGCCUUGUAGAAUUCCUCCGACUCCACCUGGCGGACAAGGAGGAAUGGGUCCUCGUCAUCUCCGAAGCCCGCCGCAAAAUCAGACGAUCUCUUGCAUUGAUGUGGGAACUGACCCACCCUACUCCUCGCCCAGCAGCCCCCUGA